AUGCCUGACCAACAUGAGUCUACCAAAGCCAAGUCCAAACAAUCUUCCAACGUGGGCCAGACACUUGAAAUGCUCAAUUCUUCGGCCAGAGCGGCGCAACAGAAGAGGGAUCAGAACCAAAUCAAGAAAGCCAUUAGCGCAGUGGAUGACGCGAUUGAAGAGCAACUGAAGAGGGAGACCGAAGAUGAAACGCAAGACAAAUCAGGCUAA